CUCUGUGUGAGUCAGUUGCAUCAGAGCUUCACAAGACUACGCUGUUUAGCUAGCCCAGAAGAUUCAGCCAUUCUUUCGCCUUUCAAGUUUAAACUUCAGUGCCAAGAUGAGUGCCAUGGAGAGAAAAACAAAGAAGGAAGUCGACGAGCUUCGGCAAGAAGUGAAAGGCAUGUCUGUCGAUAUGAGAAUGUUUUCCCUCUCCAUGAGGUCCCUCUACGCCGAAAAAGCGGUGGGCACUGACGAAGAAGUUGCCAAGGAGUUCAGAAAACUUCGCGACGACACUAGGAAUGAUGCAAUGGUGUACAUUAAGGGCAUUCUUCCUAUAACAACCGAGUUUAUCACAUCCAUCAGUGCAUUCUUUGAUUACUUUGACGCUCUGGCGUUUGAUGAGUGGUGUGAAAGUAUAUCCACGAUCCACAAGGAAGCUGCUGAGUACAAGAAACUCUGUAAGACGCUAUUGAAACUGCAUCAAGACAUUUUGGUACCCCUUAAGAAGAGUAGAGACCAAGCUGGUAUUCUGGUGGGCAAAAUAAAAAACCUUGCGGAAGAAUUUGAGAGAAAGAAGGAAGCGCUGGAAAAAAAGGGAGGCACCAAGCGCGUUUGGGCGAUAGCACUUUCCUUUGUCCCGGCCGUUGGUGCGAUUGCCGGCCCCGUAUUACAUGCCUGUGGUGAUAAAGAUUUGGCAGAAGCCACUGCUGCAGGAGAGCAAGCCCAGAUCCAAGAGGCAGCCGCCUUGAUAGUGGAAAAUACCCUCGUUCCUGCUUUUGAAGCCUUCAUUGAUGGAAUUUCUAAAGCAGCUGGCUUUUUCUCUGUUAUGGAACAUGAACUGCAAAAGUUCGAAAAUAGCGCCAAGAAGAGCGAGGACGACCCAAAAUUUAUCUUCUUCAAAGUAAUGAAGGUGGAAGCCAGGGAUAUGAAGUCUGUUUGCCAAGUGUUUUACGCAGCAUUACCAGAUGUGAAGACUGACUUCGAUGCUAUGCCUACAGAGGGCACAGACCGCAACUACGUGGACGAAUGGUUGGAGAAGCAGAAGAAGACUAUACAAGAAGAAUGUAAAGGUAAACUUGCCAAAAAUAUGCUGUCAGCCAUUGCACAGGCAGUGGAGAAAAACUGAGAUGAAAAAGCUGCCCAUUACAAGUCAGGAAGUUCCUUAAUCAAGAGCUAUCUACCAAGUGGACAUUUCAAGUAGAACAGAUGAUUUUAAAGAAACUGUGGCGCUAAUUGUCAAAAGGUUCAUGGACUCGUUCCACAUCUUACUGAAACAUGUCGAACUAAAAUAACUAGGCCAAAAUAACUAGAAAAUUCAGCGAUUGAUCUAGCUUUUAUGAGGAUCAUUGAUGACAAAGACUUUUAUUAAGGAUGUAGAAACUCAGAUGAGAAGUUUUAAAGUUUUGAAUAUUUUGCUUUUAUCAUCUGUUCAAUUUGGCCAGUUUGAGUACAUCUUUAACAGUGCUUAAAAUGACUCAUCUGCUACUUCAAAAUAUUCGCAUAAUAGCUUUUUAUAUAAUUGUCUUUUACCCCUAAAACGUUUUAUAAAAGUAAUGCCGCGGCUGUGACUUAGCGUCGUAAGCGGUCUACAACAAACUGAAACUGUAGAGCGUAGAAAAUUUAAGUUAUUAAGUCAUUAGCUACUUUUAUUUUGAUAUAUGAUAGCUAUUGUAUUGCAUAAGGUCAAGACUUCAACAAACCUUGAUUCUAUUUACGUUCAAACGGAAAGGCAACUGCUGGAUUGAAACAUCUUUAACAGCGUUUAAAACGAUUCAUUCGUUGUUUCUAUCCAGAGCCCGUGAUUUUCAUUUGGCGAGUUUUCAUGAAAAAUUUCUUUUUGGUGAAUUGCAGUAAUGAUUGUUGUGGAGACUUGGAAAAGCCCUAGUAAAGGAUUAGAUAACAUCAAAAGAACUGAGUACAUCUUAAACAGUGUUUUUUAUAAAUGACUCACUCUUUUCAAACUUUUUUAUCGCUGGCGUGUUGUAGGAAAAAUGUUUUUUGGUAUAUAAGCUUGGAUAAUUGACUUACCGCAUUAAAUGUUGUUAUCGGUUUGAAAGUUAUUUUGAUUAAAUAAAAUUAACAAUCAAUUGAUGUG